AGGAACAACGGUAGUAAAAGCGCAGAGCAGAGCCAACUGCAGAGCACGCUCCCCUCCGCUUUCCGUGGCGCGUACCCGCGUUCAAUUCCGCCAGCCAGCCAGAAUGGAAACGGGCACACGGGACGAACGGGACGGGACGAAACCCCGCGGCUCGCGAGGAAAAACCCACGCGGUCCCUCCACGCCUGCGCGCUUUUCAUUGAGUAGUCCGCUGCCGCGCGGCGCCUCUCGUUCCUCUCCGUUCUCCCCGUCCCCGCGCCCCCGACCAGCUCGCAGAUGACGGCCGCCGCCGCCGGCGCCCCCUCCACCCAAUGACCCCGCUGCCCUCCCUCCUGCUCCUCGUCCUCAUUGCGGCCCCAGCCUCCGCGGCCACGCUCGCCGUCUCGGCCGGCGCCGCCGCCGCCCCGCCCGUCGUCUGCGGCGUCGCCAAGGAGAACCGCACCCUCGUCUGCGCGCCCGUGUCCGCGUCCUCCAACGCCUCCGCGGUCGCUCCCUUCCUCACCUUCGCCGAGGUCUCCGCGGGGCGGGGCUUCGUCUGCGGGCUCCAGGAGGGCGGCGCCGCGCUCUUCUGCUGGCCGCCGGCGGCCGCCCCGCGCUGGGACCAGCUCAGGCGCGUCUACAGCGGGUCCGCCGCGCUCCGGGACCUCGCGGUCGGCGCGGGCCAUGUCGCGGCCUACGACGCCGCCGCGCGCAGGGUCCUAUGGUGGCGCGGCGGCGGCCGGUUCCCCGCGCAGGCCGCCGGGAACUUCAGCUCCCUGGCCUCCGGCGACGGCUUCUCCUGCGCGCUCGAGGCCAACGCCUCCGCGGCCGUCCGCUGCUGGGGCCCGCGCGGUAGCGCCGUGCAGGCGGCCUUCGCCAACGCGACCUCCGUGCGCUACCUCGCCGCGGGGGGCGCGCGGGCGUGCGGCGUCCUGGCCUCGGGCGCGGUGCUCUGCUCGGGAUCCGACUCCGCCACCGCCGCGGCCAACGCCUCCGCCGCGCUGCCGGGGGAGCUCGUCCCGUACGGCCUGGCCGUCGGGGACUCCCACGCGUGCGGGCUGCUCCGCCACAACCGCACCGCCGUGUGCUGGAGCCUCGGGGGCCCCACCACCACCCUCUACUACCCGGCCGCGGGGACCGGGACCCCGUUCCAGUUCCUCGUCGCCGGCGGCAACCUCACCUGCGGCGUCGUCGGCAUCGACUUCAGCGUCAUGUGCUGGUCCUUGGACUCCGUGGCCACCCACGUGCCGCUGCCGCGGAUCCUCCCGGGCGUCUGCGUCCAACACGAGAGCUCGUGCGGCGCGUGCCGUUUCCUGGCGCAGUCGCAGCAGUUGUGCGGGGGCUCCGGCGGGAUCUGCGACAGCGGCUGCGACGACGACUCGCCGGCGCCCCCGCCGCGGACACCCGCUCCCCCUCCCCCCUCGUCGCCUCCGCCGCCGGGGUCAUCGAGCAAGCGCGUGUCCAAAGCCUGGAUCGCCUUCUGCGUGGUCGGCGCCGUGGGCGGCUUCGCGGGGCUCUGCUCCAUCGUCUACUGCCUCGUCUUCGGCUUCUGCAGCAACAAGAGGGUGCACAACUCCGUGCAGCCCAACAUCACCGACGGCGCGGGUGCGGGCGCCGACAACAACAACAAUGGCGGCGGCGGCGACGGCGCGGCCGGCAGCCCGUACGGGUCGCCGAACGGGUCGCGCGCGCGCGGCCUGUUCCGGCGGCAGCUGUCGCGCGUGAUGACGCGGCAGCGCAGCGGGCCGUCGUCGUUCAAGGAGCCCGCGGAGGAGUUCACGUUCGCGCAGCUGGAGGCGGCCACCAAGGGGUUCGCGCUGGAGACGAAGAUCGGGGAGGGCAGCUUCGGCAGCGUGUACCGCGGCAAGCUCCCCGACGGGCGCGAGGUGGCCAUCAAGCGCGGGGGCGAGUCGGGCCCCCGCGCGCGGCGGUUCCAGGAGAAGGAGAGCGCGUUCCGGUCGGAGCUGGCGUUCCUGUCGCGGCUCCACCACAAGCACCUCGUCGGCCUGGUGGGCUACUGCGAGGAGGAGGAGGAGCGGCUGCUGGUGUACGAGUACAUGAAGAACGGCGCGCUGUACGACCACCUCCACCCCAAGCCGGGGGCGGCGCCGUCUCCGGUGGCGUCGUCGUGGAAGCUGCGGAUCAAGAUCCUGCUGGACGCGUCCCGCGGCAUCGAGUACCUGCACUCGUACGCCGUGCCGCCCAUCAUCCACCGCGACAUCAAGUCGUCCAACAUCCUGCUGGACGGCGGGUGGACGGCGCGCGUGUCGGACUUCGGGCUCUCGCUGAUGGGGCCCCCGGAGGCGGAGGAGCAGCCGGGGUCGCAGCACCACCUGACGGUGAAGGCCGCCGGCACGGUGGGGUACAUGGACCCGGAGUACUACGGCCUUCACCACCUGACGGUGAAGAGCGACGUGUACGGCUUCGGCGUGGUGAUGCUGGAGGCGCUCACGGGGCGGCGCGCCAUCUUCAAGGAGGCCGAGGGCGGGAGCCCCGUCAGCGUGGUGGACUACGCCGCGCCGAGCAUCGUCGCCGGCGAGCUGCCCAAGGUGCUGGACCCGCGCGCCCCGGAGCCCGCCGCGCACGAGGCCGAGGCCGUGGAGCUGGUGGCCUACACCGCGGUGCACUGCGUCCGGCUCGAGGGCAAGGACCGCCCGGCCAUGGCGGACAUCGUGGCGAACCUGGAGACGGCGUUCGCGCUCUGCGAGGGCAGCGCCGGCCGCGACCGCGGAGGCGCCGGGUUCGGGAACAGCUCCUCCAGCGCCAGCCUCUCCGUCACCUCCAUGGACCGGUCGGGGGCGCUGGUCUGAUGGAAUUCAAAUUUUUUUCUCCAUUGCUGCUAAGAGGGAGCUCCGAUUCAAAGCUCUGAUUAGCCCGGGCGGGAAGGAUGAUGUUCAAAUUCGUUGCAUAGUUAAUUCUUUCUUCUCCUUUGUUGUUGCUGAAUGUACAUGGAUAUUCUUCCAUUGCCCCGAUUCACUCGUCCUCUAAAACAAACAAGAGGAUUUGCUGUUCUCAA